GACGAUUACAAGGACUUGGUGUGGAGAGGGAUGAGGAGACGUGACUUCUCUCUCUACAAGCAGUAUGCCACUGAUAGAUGUCCUGAUUUCAAGGAUUAUCCCUGGUCGGAGAAAAAUGAGGCCGUGGCUGAGGAAGUGAAGGAGAUACGGGACAUGGUGAAGGGAUUAACAAGACAGGUUACAGAGAUUGUGACCGCCACAGGGGCCACGGCUUACCGGGACAAACCUGGAGGGCCCUAUUCACUUCGCUGGGACCGUAGGAAUAACGAUCCCUGGAGGACUGUCGAGGAUAGAAAUCCUAAGACGCAAAUUGAUUAUCGUACGAGGGGAAGAGAGAGAGACGAUGAAUUAUGGCAACGUAGGGACGAUGGGAUAGACCGAGACCGCAAAGAUCGCGAGCUGUUUGUGCGAGCAAGGAGGCUAGAUGAUUACCCCCGAAGCCCUCGCUAUGAGGCCGAUCGGGGCAGAGGCGACUUCCGCGGCAAGUGGGAGAGGGACGGCAGAUACGAGAGACCGGAUCGAGAUGGAUAUAGGGACGACAGAUACGAGAGGUCGGAUCGAGAUGGCUACAGAGGAAGUAGAUAUGAAAGAGGAGAUCGGGACUGGGGACGACAAGAUGGGUCGCGCGGACGGUUUGAGCGUGGGGGAGAUGCGAGAGAGCAGCGCGACGAGUCGCGGGGGUGGUACAACCGAGAGGAUCGACGCGAAGAGUCACGAGGACGAUAUGACUCGGGGGACCGCCGAAAUGAUUCGCAAGGGCGGUAUGAGCAAGGAGGAUCUGAAGGAGACCGGCGCAAUGAUUCGCGUGGUCGGAAUGAGAGAGGGGGAUAUGGCGUCUCAUCAGAAUCAUAUCCGAAGUCGCCUGACCCCAAGGCGGCCAGGAAUUCGAUCUCUAGAGGUGCAGACGACAGGGCAUCUACUCCCAGGAACUCAUGCGUCUACUGUAGAGGAGAAGAUCAUAUCAAGAGCGAUUGUCCGGACCUCAAACGGGCAAUAGAUGAGGGACUUGUCGUGCUUGACGACCGCAAGUACGUCAAGUGGGCAAAUGAUCUAAGAGAUGUAUCGAUGUUCCCUUCGAUGAAGGAGAAUGUCGAAGCAAGGAGAAUAAAGACGAGUAAAGGAAUGGAGCCGGUCAGGAGCCAGAGCAUCAAGAUAAUCUUUGAGGGGGAUAUCGCGACCACACCCAUAAGGGUGGCAGCCACCAAGYCGGCAAGAGGGWCUACAUCGAAGAAGACUGACACGGAUUACGUGAUGACGGAGAAGGACGGGCAGCGGGUCGAUGGAGAGGAGGUUAUCCUUUCGCCGCGAAGAAGGGGAGUGAAGAAGUUCUUAAUGAAGAGUUCGCUGGACGAGAUUGACACCAUCGAGCCACUGAGGCGGGCCCUUCGGCAACCCAUGCAGUGCUCUAUUCUGGAGUACCUGGCGGCAUCGAAGCCGGCUCGUGAUGAGUUACAGAUCAUCACGCGGAAGACUCGCAUACCUCUAUCGGAGGGGGAUAUGGGCGCCCCUAAGGCGGAAGCUUCUACAGUAACAAUAACGGGGGUGACUGCCAGAGCGGAUCGCAUGACGACAGUCCUUCUCGAUGGAAUGGAAGGUGUGCCUCCAGCCAAGUUUUAUAUACUUGGUAGCGGGGCCGUGGAGACGAUUAUAAACGAUGGAACGAUACUCGAUGCUGUGAUCGAUAACGGCAGUGAGGCUGUCAUCAUAGACGAGGACCUGGCAGUACAGUUUGGACUGGGCCUCGACAGGUCGUACCUGUUCGAGAUAGAGACGGCUGAUGGGAGAAAGCAACAGAUCACUGGGGUUUGUCAUAAGGCAGCCAUAGAAGUCCAAGGAGUAAGAGUGACCCUGCCUGUUUUUGCGGUCAAGAAUUGCAGCUCCGACCUGCUCUUGGGUCGAACGUGGCUGAGCCACGUGCAUGCGGUGACGAUAGAGCGACCUGAUGGGAGCCAAACAUUGUCCAUUAGGAAGCCAGACGGGACACGGGUGAUGAUUGAGACAGUGGAGCCUCGGGACCCGAGGAACAGAGCAGCUCUCGCUGUGGGUGCAAGACCCAGUGAUCAGAUUAGGUCUUUACCCAUCUCCGGCCGCGCGAAGGAUGCUAGAGGGAAGGAAAGACCGUUAAGAUUUGAGAGUAAGACACUUAAUACGGYUGAGCGUAACUACAGUCAAUUCAAGAAGGAGGUGUUAGCUGUUUUCCGGUGUCUAGACACAUUCAGACACUAUAUCUAUGGGCGAUGGUUCAUCUUGAGAGUAGACCCCACCGCGGUUGCCUCUGUCCUCCAGAAGGACUUUAGUCUGACGGACCCGACCAUCGCCCGAUGGUUAAUACGGAUUCGGCUAUACGAUUACACGGUCGAAAGAGUAUCUGGUACGAAAAAUGCCGUGGCAGAUGGACUUUCACGCAUCCCUCUCGAGCGUCCGAUAGUAGCUGGGGCUCUGACAAUGGCAGAGCCGAGGCGCGCCAAGAGAUUUCUAGUUAAACUUUACGAGGGCAAGUACCGAAUGAUCGAACUACACCUGACGGGAGAAGAGUGUCAAGAUUCAGAUAUCCGGAGGCAAACAGCCCAGUACUGCCUUAGAGCGGGCCACCUUUUCCAAAGGCCAGUAGGGUCGGGAAUGCCCUUACGAGUAGUCUGUGACCCUGAGGAGAGACAGACAAUAGUUGCGGAACUUCACGACGGCAUAGUCGGAGGACACAGGGGAGUCAAGGGAACCUACGAAAAGAUACACCGGCUGUACUGGUGGGAUGGACAGUAUAAGGACGUCGAGAGGUACUGUAUGACAUGCGAAGAGUGCCAGAAGAGAGCUCUUGUGAAAUACAAAGAGCAACUUCAUCCAUCCUAUCCGACCAGACCAGGAGAGAAGGUACAUAUCGAUCUAGUGAAGAUGCCGAGAGGGGUAGGAAAUAUGAACUACGUCGUGAACAUACGAGACGAUUUCACUGGGUUCGUGAACGGUAGACCUAUCAGGAGUAAGGCGGCAAAGGAAGUAAAGAACUUUGUCCUAGAGUACUUAUCUAGGUAUGGUUGUGUCGCCAAGAUAGUGAUGGACAGAGGGGCGGAAUUCCUAGGCGACGAGGUCCAGAGCGUGUUUAGGAGAGCCGGUGCGAGAGUUUCGAUAGCCACCGCCUAUCACCCACAGUCGAACUCCCCAGUAGAGAGGGGACACCAGACUCUGAUAGCGUCACUGUCCAAGUGGUGCAAGGGUAAAGACAGUGAUUGGCCACGAUAUUUUCGAUACGCGAUAUGGGCGGACAACGUCACGGUCCGGGCUAGUACCGGAUACCCACCAUACACCUUGURGUUUGGACGACAUUGUCCGCKUCCCAUAGAGUUUCACGUCGACAGUUGGACAACCGUCGACUGGGCAGAGGAGAUGUCCAGAGAGGAACUCUUAGCUGCUCGAACAAGACAGAUAGCCUACGGKUUGGAAGAUAACCUUAUGACAGCAGCCGAUCGUCUGGCAGUGGAAAGGGACAAGGGUAAAGAGAGAUGGGAUAAGAACGUGCGGAUCAGGAAGGAAAGGGUGCCUCCUCUACGAUGCAGCGCUGGAAAGAACCUGGACCGGAAAGCUUGCCAAUAGAUGGAUGGGACCUUACAAAGUGGUUGAGGAACUUGACUGGGGUGCAUAUAUGAUAGCAGAACUAGACGGAUCUAAGUGGAAGGACCCAGUGGCGGAGGCUAGGUUAAAGCUGUUUAGGCCCAGACCCGCGCCCGCUUUAUCGCUAACCAGCCCGAAAGGGAAAGGGAAAGCCAUGAUGGAGGAUGGGGCCCCCUCGAGGCAAUUCGAGGCAGGGGAGAGUUCCAAGAAAAGGAAAAGAAUAGAGAAGAGAAAGGUCAAAGGGUUAGCCUUAGGAAGAGAGAAGAGAUGGUUAUUCGUGCUCAAGCGAGCUAGACGUACUGGAGGGUCGGCACCCUGCUCGCGGCAAAGACAGAAGAAAAAGAGGAUCGUGACGGGACCAAAAACCAGAAGAAACAGGAGAAUCAAGAAGCAUUUUCUUA